AUGUGGAUGGAUCAACCUUCACCUUCAACCACAAGAAAAAACAGAAAGACUUUGAUGUCUAUAAAGAGAUACGCGAAGAAGCGUCCACCUCUUUACUUGGACCGUCUUGAUAUGAUCGACAUGAGAUACAGUGAUUACCCUCUCCUGAGCCUUAUAACUGAAGUCUUGGGUGCAGCUAUAUGGUUAAACACAAUACUUGUAAUGACGCAUUCUUCAAUUGCUUCUGUGAAGUACGAGUCAUACGUUGGCCAACGCAUGGAUGUUGUUCAGCACUAUAUACAUCAAGCUGUGUCUGAUACGAAGCUACAAAACUUUGUACUGUUAGUUGAGAACCAUCCUAGCUGUAGAAAGAAUCCUUUGUUCUUCCUAACGGACAGCAUUGGUUUGGGACAGCCAAGUAGUACCCAAACAGCUUCUCUGCCUCAUCUUCUUACGGGUUUUCUGUGCCGUCGGUUACCGUCAGGUGGAGAUGAAGCAGAGAAGGAGAUAGACGAGCUUAUGGAUUCGGAGCUGGAGGAGGAGGAAGAUGAGUAUGACCAGCUGCCUGCAAUACGGAUCCUUGGCAAUGCCCGGUUUGAGAAGCUGUCAAAGUCUCAGAAGAGAGAGUACGAAAGGCUUCACAGACUGGGUUUUCGAUCCUAUAACCCGUGA